ACGCCGCCGCUUUUUGUGUGACUCCUAGUUUAGGUCGUGUUUCACCGGCGUCUUGUACUAAAAUCCCGGAAAAUUUCAUUCUCAUGAGCUGAGCUCCGGUUAAAAAAAAUGGAAGCAAGCGAAGGCAAGAGCAAGAAACAAGGAGCCUCUCGCCUCUGCUGCUUAUGCAACCAGAGACGUCCCGUCCUCAAACGACCCAAAACACUUCAACAGAUAUGCAAGGAGUGCUUCUACGAGGUCUUUGAGGAGGAGAUUCAUCAAGUUAUUGUGAAGAAUCAUUUAUUCAAAUCCGGUGAACGUGUUGCUAUUGGUGCCUCUGGUGGCAAAGAUUCUACAGUACUGGCGUAUGUGUUGUCGGAGCUAAACAGACGUCACAGUUACGGGCUAGACCUCUUUCUCUUGUCCAUAGAUGAAGGGAUCACAGGUUACCGUGAUGAUUCUCUUGAGACCGUUAAAAGAAACGAACUCCAAUAUGGGUUGCCUCUUCAGAUUCUUUCAUACAAAGAUCUGUAUGGAUGGACUAUGGACGACAUUGUGAAAAUGAUCGGUUUGAAGAACAACUGCACCUUCUGUGGUGUCUUCCGUCGACAGGCGCUUGAUAGAGGAGCUGCGUUGUUGAAAGUAGAUAAGCUAGUCACUGGUCAUAACGCGGAUGAUAUAGCAGAAACCGUUCUCUUGAACAUCUUGCGUGGGGAUAUCGCUAGAUUAAGUCGGUGUACAUCGAUAACUACAGGUGAAGAUGGUCCUAUUCCAAGAUGUAAACCUUUCAAGUAUACAUACGAGAAGGAGAUUGUCAUGUAUGCUUAUUUCAAGAAGCUGGACUACUUCUCCACCGAAUGUAUAUAUUCUCCUAAUGCGUAUCGUGGCUUCGCCCGUGAGUUCAUCAAAGAUUUGGAGAGACUAAGGCCAAGGGCGAUUCUUGACAUCAUAAAAUCUGGUGAAGAUUUUAGAAUUGCAACAACUACAAAGAUGCCUGAGCAAGGGACUUGUGAGCGGUGCGGUUAUAUAUCUAGCCAGAAAUGGUGUAAAGCUUGUGUGUUGUUGGAUGGACUGAACCGUGGUUUGCCUAAGAUGGGUAUUGGAAGAGCGAGAGGAGGCGUAAAUGGUGAUCAUCAAAAGGAAACAAAGAAACCUGCAUCUGCUGCAAGAUCUUUAGAGAGCAAACAAUGUGGAUCUCUUGAUUUCUAAGUUUAGAAGAGAGAGAGAGAGCUAUGAAACUCAUAUAAGUCAUGAUGAUUGAUUCUAUAGAAAGUUUGAAAUCCCUUGUUGUACAAGUUAUGCAAUGCCUUCAAGAGAUUUUUUUUUUUUUUUUUUGCAAUGUUCAAGAAUUAUUAGACGUUAAUUAGGCCUUUUCAGCGAAUUUAUUUUUUGUUUUUACAUUUAUAUAAGAUAUUUUAGUUUUUGGCUUAA